UCCUAGCAACCCGCAUCCGCCAGUGACUGAGGGGGCGAGGAAGGGACGGGGGGGAGAGUGUUGAGUGAGAGACACUGACUGAGAGAAAGAGAGAGAGAGAGAGAGAGAGAGAGAGAGUGGGGGGAAGAGAAAGAAGAUGAUUGUGGGUAUCUAUGUGUGCGUGUGAGCUACAGUGCUUACACAUAAAGGCAGAGGGUACAUCUCUUCUUCAGACCCAGGCUGUCGUCACGGACAAGGGGAGGCGUCGCCGUAGAGACGGAGUCAGCGGCGGCAGCCUCAACACCCUGGAAGAGCCGUCACCGCAGCAACACAAGCUUCCUAGAGGACGGGAGUCCCAGGGUUCUGCUGUUCUUCUUCUCCUUCUUCUUGUGCCUUGUCUUCUUCCUCUUCUUCCUCUUCUUCUUCUCCUCUUGCUGAUGGAUGGAAUUCUUCUGCUCACUGGAAAGACAGAGAGGUGCCAUGUGACGAGUGAAUGGUCCUCAGCUCUUAAUCACCCUCGAGAAGCAGACAUGGGAUUUACCUUCUCUGGCCACUUCUAAAUAAAUAAAUAAAUAAAUAAAACCGCACUUCUCCCCAGGGAAACAAUUUCCACAUGGACAUGGAUGUCAUUCACUUUUAGACGGAAUUGAAUCGAGCAACAAUUUGAGAAAGAUAUCGGAAAUUCGCAAUUCCGUCACCAUGAGAAGAGGCGUUCGAAGAGAUUCUGGAUCAAGGACAUGCUAAUGGUGCUUAAGAAGGCUGGAGUGGGAUACACAUGUAAUUUUCCAAAAAGUCUUCAUCAUACUCAUCCUCAGAGGGCUCACACUGUCUGUUAAACCCACUCUCUGCUUAAAGAAGGCGUGUGCAGGACGCCUUGGGAAAUCUCCUCUACUGGAAUCUGUUGCCUUUUACAUCUCUUUAUACAAAAAGACAUUAGUUGAAUGAAGCAGGAAUUUGUAAGCAAACCUUACAAGCCUCUCCAGCCAUUCAAAAGCAAAAAUAAUUUCUGAUGCAGAGCUUUGUUCAAAAAUAGGGUCCAACUGGUUGGAAUUUUGUGUGGGUGUUCAAAGUGGACCACUGACAAUCGUAGUGCCUCUUUUAUUCUCACUAGCCCUCUAUUUAUCUGAAUAUGAUCUUUGGGAGCACCUACACUUAGGGUAACAUUAUUAUACAGACAGUGGCAACAGAUUUUAGUCCAUAAAGGCAUACAUUGUCGGAAAUACAUGAUGUAAAAAAUAGUUCUCCUUCCACAUUACUGCAUUUUUUUUGUCUUAGAAUCCAAGUACCUGGAUUGCACCUUUCUGCACUUUUUCGGAUUUAAGACAUUUUAAAUGACACCUACAUUCUCCUUUCUACUGUCCUCUUCCUGCGGAGCUCUUGGACAUCCCACAGUGCUGUGCAGGAGGAGGCUUGUGCCCAGGCCCCACCAGCUUUCCUGGCUCUGCAGGUGUUUUUAAGAUGUUGGAGCCUGCCUGCGUGGCCCGAGCCCGAGAUCGGAUCAGUGAUCGGAUCAGUAGCACUGCGGCUCCUGGUGGCCCCAGACAUGGGCCGCGGCUCGGCCUGCCCCCGCGCUCAGCCCUCCGCCCACCCGCCCCAGCUCCGCCUGUGAAGGAUGUCCAAGAGUCGAGCUCCUGCCCAGGAACCCUCUGAGAUCCCCAGCCAGAGAGAGCGCAUCCGCAGCCACAUGAAGAUGGUGAUCGAGCAGCUGGAAGGCAUUCUCAUAGAGCUCAAAGAUGUGGCCAAAGAGCUGCGGGAGGUGGUGGGACAGAUUGACAAGCUCACAGCGGACUUUGACUUUGACCCAGAGCCAGAUGAAUGGACAGUGGCAACGGCGAGCAGUACGUCGAGUAGUGAACGUGGCCUCACUGAAGCUUUCAGACUCGACUUCCUUGGCCACGAUGUGCUUUCUGACGCCUGGGAUUUCUGCGGCUACCGCAAAACAGCUCGAGAAGAAGAUGAGUUGCUGGAGGAGGAAGAGCCAGGGAGCUCCGCCUCGGUCACACCCACACCCACGGUCAAUACGUAUUCGCAGAUGAACGGUGGCCUCCCGAUUCCUAAUGGACCUCUGAUGGUCACUCCAGACUCUUCCAGCGAGGAGGCAUCGAGUUCUACGCACAGUCAAAAAACAUCACGUACAUCCGGGACAAGAGAACGAGUCCGGUUCAGCGACAAGGUCCUCUACCAUGCACUGUGCUGUGAUGAUGAUGAUGAAGAUGAACCAGAGGAGGAGGAUGAAAGGGAGGAUGAUGAUAAAGUGGACUGCGGCAUGCCAGACACAGACAGCGAGCCAAGCCCUUUGGCUUCUUCGCCUGUCCCUCCUCUCUCCUCCUCCAAAUGCUCAACCACUCUUCACAAAUGGCGGGAAACCUCUUCGGCGGGACCAUCACCCGUUAAGAUGGCCAUGCACGGGCCACACACGCUGCCUAGGAAGGGCCCAUUAAAAGCAGGCAGCAGGAAAAAACUGCUGCGCAACAGCAGCACUCAGACAGUAUCGGACAAAAGCACGCAAACAGUAUUGCCAUACAUCCCAGUGAAACAGAAAAGCAAGGAGCCCUAAAAGGACCUUCAACAGAAAAAGCAAAGAAUAUCUGACAGAAUAUUAGAGUGACUGUAUACUAUUUAAUAUCGAAUACAUAGAUAUUAGAUUAAGCCACAAAUUAAUAAAUGAAUUACUAA